AUGUGUUCUCGAUACGAUCACUGUCGAGUCGAAUCCUCCCGAAACCGCAAAGCCCCGAUUAACAUCAAUACUCGACAGAGUAAUGAGGACCUCAAGAAAGCUCACGUAGCCGCCUGCUUGAAAGCUGAGAAGGCCGGUCUUCGUGUCACCGUCCACGGCGCUGAGGACGGCUCGUCGACGAACUUCUGUUGUGCUGUUCGAGAGUACCAUGCAGAACGCGUCGGUCACGCCUACAAGAUCGCUGCCGAUCCUGCGAUGUAUAAGAUGGCUCAGGAAACUCACACGCACAUUGAGGCCUGUCCUACUUCUAGUAUCUGCACGGAGGCCGUCUGUCUACCCCAAGUGCAUCCAGAGAAGCCCAUCCUGGACAGUUUAGACUGGAACAGGCAUCCCAUCAAGAAGUUCAUUGAGGAUGGUCUUAGUGUGAGCAUCAGCACUGACGAUCCUACUGUGUUUUUGACUCACAUUACGGAUGAGCUCACCAUCCUGGCUGAUCGCUUUGGGUUUGAUGCCCAUAAAGCCGGAAUGCAGGUUACUAUGAACGCCAUUGAUCGUUGCUGGGCGUCUGCUAAGGAGAAGUCCCGUUACCGUGAUCUGACCGUGAACUACUACGAGGGUGAGGAAUCUACCAUUGAGGAGAAUAGCGACUGA